AUGAUCACAUUGCAAAGAUCUUCAUGUUCGUUUCGUCGGCAAGGAUCGUCGGGUCGAAUAUGGCAAGAUAUGCAAUUCAUGGAACCAAAAAGUGGAAGUCUUUCAACAAAGAAUCAAGUCAAUGAAGAAAAUGUGUCACAAAAUGGAACCAACAUUGUGGUGGGAAGAAGAAAUAAUGAAAAUACAACUGUAGCAAAUUCAGCACCUUCACCAAGAAACAAUCAAAAUAAGGUACAUAGAGGUCUUCUAUCUUCCUUUUGUGGAAUAUGCAUGCAUUCUCCACCAAUUAGAGAUUGA